ACUAUUCAAAUUUAAAUAAUUUAGUAAAGUAGUCAGUCAGUCAUUAUCACUUAAGUAUUUAGCCGUAACAGAUUCUUAAUAAAAUGAAUACCAAAGAAAAAUUAGAUUAUAUUAAUCAACAUAUCGGUGUACAUCCCGACUUUCCCAAAAAAGGCAUUGUAUUUCGCGAUAUUUUUGGAGCCUUAACUGAUGGCCAAGCUUGUAAAUAUAUUAAAGAAAUUUUAUUGGAACAUGUACGCACAGAACAUCCCGAUGUAGAAAUUAUUGUUGGUUUAGAAUCGCGUGGUUUCCUAUUUAAUCUGAUGUUGGCAUCAGAAUUGGGCAUUGGUUGUGCUCCCAUACGCAAGAAGGGCAAACUGCCCGGAAAAUGUGUUUCUGUUGAAUAUACUUUAGAAUAUGGUUCGGACAUUUUCGAAAUCCAAACAGAUGCUAUUAAACCCGGUCAAAAAGUGCUUAUCAUUGAUGAUUUAUUGGCUACCGGGGGUUCCUUGGAGGCUGCUGUUAAACUAGUGCGUAAAGCAGGCGGUGAAGUUGUUAAGUGUUUGGUUGUUAUGGAAUUGGAAUUUUUAGAGGGUCGCAAGAAAGUCGAUGGCAAAGUCCAUUCUCUACUAAAAUACUAAAAAAUGUAAAAUAUAAUGAGGCACAAUUUACUUUUUAAAAAAGCAAUAGAAGACACUUCUACCUGAUACUAUGCAUUUACAUGUUUUUAAAAGAAUAUAUUUUUGUGUAAAACUUUUUUAUAUGAAUAAAUACCUAUAUGUAUGUAGCUUUUUUAAACAGAAAAA